AUGAACAGCAAAGAUUUUGUAGUUCUUCCAUGGGGAAAACCUGGACAUUCUGUAAAGCUGAGAUAUAAAAAUGUUCAAGAACUAAAGAUGGAGAAAGUGAAGCUGGAGCUGGAGAACCAGGAGAUGGAAAAGAAACUGCAGGACUUCCAGUCAGCAAGGAGCAAAGGCCAAGAAGAAAGAGGGUCAAGUGACUAUCGCUGGAAAUCUGGAAAAGUGGGAAAAUUGGGUAAUCAGUCACAGAUACUGUCACAAAAUAAAGGGAAUGUUAUUAAGCUUUCUCCUGGGAAAGUGAAACUAAAAUUAUUGAAGGAGCAGCUUCAAGAGCCAGUGAGACAACCACUAAAUUAUAAAACGGCAAGUUCUCCUGGAAGUGAAAAGCCCAAGAUAAAAGGGAAGGCUUGCGGACAGUGUGAGAACAAAGCUGCCCUCCUGGUAUGUCUUGAAUGUGGAGAAGAUUACUGCUCAGGGUGCUUUGCUAAAAUUCACCAGAAGGGGGCACUGAAGUUCCAUAGAACAACUAUUUUGCAGGCAAAAUCUCAAAUAUUAUCCAAUGUAUUGGAUGUUGCCCAUCGGUUUAUAAAGGAAAUUAAUCCAGGUGAACCCAAAGGGGAGAAUUGCUCUACAAAAGAGAUUAGUAAAAGCCAGCCUAAACCCAAAUCUCCUCCUCGUCAGGGGUGCAGACCCCAGAUGGAAGUUUCAACAACACAAGAAGGAGAAUGUAGAAACCCGAGGGAGAGGCUCUUGUGUGAAGGGUCAUUCGAUGAAGGAGCUUCUGCCCAGUCCUUUCAGGAAGCUUUAAAUGAAUGGAGAACUGGACAUCAUAACGACAGUGGGAAACAGAACUCACCUGCAGCAAAACCAGACUCAUUGGAAGAAUGUGAAGUACAAACCAACCUGAAAAUUUGGAGAGAACCACUUCAUAUUGAAUUUAAAGAAGACAGUAUAUCCUACAUGGAAAAAUUAUGGCUUAAAAAACACAGAAGAACUCCACAGGAGCAACUUCGCAACAUGCUACCAGAUACAUUCAUACCUCAGUGUACAACCACUAGUGAGGCACAGAGUUCUCAGAAUAAAAGUGAUGAAGAUAGUGAUGUUGAGGAGACCAAAGUACAAAGCCGAGCUCUUUUACUGCCAGUAGAAGAAUUAAGCACAGAGAGACCUGAAAUCUCUGUAAAAAUAGUCGAACUGGAUGAUACUUAUGAAGAGGAAUUUGAAGGACGGGGGAACAUCAUGCCUUACAAAGUUGAGUUAGCUGAUGCAGAGAGUCAACAAAGUUGCCCAUUUUAUGAUUAUCAGAAUACUUUUCUGUAUGAAAAUGACAUCCAUCAGCAUCGUGUUUUCACCAAGGGAAAAAAAGACCUCUUACAUCUUCAUCUAAGCAGCAGCUCUUCUUAUUGUGAAGGUUACUCAAAAGCAGGAACUUCAAACACAAAUUUUGGCAAUAAUGUGGAUCCGGAUGUUUAUUCUCCUGCUGUUGAAAAAUUAGGGGAAAGCAGCUUUUCUGAAAGACAUUACAAAGAGAAAAGUAUAAUAGACAUGGAAAGUAAUCAAACGCUGGAUAAUUCCUGCAUAUCAUUUGAGAGCAAGGAUUCUUAUCCAAAUGUAGACUUAAAAACACCUCCCAUUAAGGAGAAAUUAUCUCAAGACAUAAAAGAAUCCUUGGAAUUUAGCAACCUUCCCAAGAAGCCAAACUUUGAAGAUUCAAAAACUACAGAGUCACCACUGUUGUUACAAGAAGUAGCCCUCAGAAGUAAGCCUAUAACUGAAAAAUAUCAAGGACUUGAAGGAUUCUUUGUCUCUGAUAAAAAUGAAAGGCUCGACUCACUUCCUUCUCCUAGCUUAGAAAGCAACCACUCCAGUACUAGGAUUUCAAUUGCAGGAGACAGAGACUGGAUCCCAGAUCAGAGCCUAGGUGCACGUGCUGACAGCGCAGUUGCCUUGGGUGUUGUGCAGAGUGCCCAGAGCGCCUCAGCAAGUAGAACAGAGCAAAAGAUGGGUGAGACAUCACAUAGACCUUCAACAGCUAAUUUGCCACUUUCCAUCUCUGUUAAAAGAAGCUCCAGCUGUCUUCUUUCCUCUCCUCCUUCACCAAGAAGCGCCCCUGCUCAGUUGUCUAGAGCUGCUUCUGAAAUUUCAGAAAUUGAACACAUUGAUAUUAUUGACCACAGUGAGCCCUUCUUAGAGGGCUGCACCGCUGAUCAACAAACCUUCGACAGUCUGGAAGAGGAAUUAAAUGUGCUGAGAAAUCUUGCAGAUUCUUCAGAAAAACUUUACAGCCAAACCUCAGAAGAAUCGCCAGCUGUCAGACAGGAUUCGCUGAGUAGAAGUCAGGCUACCCUAGAUUCCUUUAAGGCCUCACAUUCGAGGAGCCCCUGUGGAAUUGAACCGAGCUUUUCUGAAAAAGAUACCGAAAUUCAGUCUUUCCUGACACUUUGUGAGAGCGGCACAGAUGAGGAGGAGACAGACUUUCUUGACGAGCAGCAUGUCAUCACACUGCCGUGGCCACAGAGUACCUAA